CCGUCAUUGUACUUCCGGGUCACGCAGAAAAUCAACACCCCUCUGACUGAAGAGAGUGCAGCUGUGAAACAGAUGCGUGCGUCUCAAAUAUCAGUGAUGUAUUGAAGGACAUGUGUUAAUUCCGAACAUUCUCUGUAGCCCUGUUUAUUUCCUUAGCAGAGACAUCCAUUGACAAACAUGACUGAGCCACGCAACCCAGGAAUGUCUUCUAUUCCUCAGACCGCCCCGGUGCACACUGAGUCCACCUCUACUACAGUCGAGAUGGACCCCGUAGAGUACACACUUCGAAAGCGCCUCCCCCGGAAACUCCCAAAGAGGCGGAACGAUGUCUAUGUCAACAUGAAGACGGACUUCCGGGCUCAGCUGGCACGCUGUCAGAAGCUCCUGGAAGGUGGGGGUCACAGAGAGAUCUGCGUCCACGGCCUAGGCCUCGCCAUCAACAGAGCCAUCAACAUUGCCCUCCAGCUGCAGACCAGCAGCCAGGGGGUGCUGCAGCUGGCAGCUAACACCUCCACGGUGGAGCUUGUGGAUGACCUGGAGCCUGAUGAUCCGGAUGAGGCUGCAGAACCGAUGACACGUACUCGUAAUAACUCUGCCAUUCACAUUAAGGUUUUUUAUCCUGACCCUCAGUGACCUGAGGCAGAUCUCCUCAGAUUCCAGCGGCAGAAAUCUAAGUGUGAUCUGUUGGGACUGUUUAAGUGCUGACUGCAGCAGAGGACUUCACAGUGACUGUUCAUUUAUCAUGUUAUGUUGAAAUUCCCCCUCUAGAACAACCUUAGUGAACUGAAACUACUGUAUGUUGUACUGUUUUAAUGUUUUCUGUCAAGUUGAAACCAUUUUCAGUUAGCUUGCAUGUUUGGAAGCAGCAGUAGUGCCGACCAGUUGAAACAUGAGUUCAUUUUAAUAUUUAUUGACAAAGCUGUGCUGAAUGAAAUGAUUCAGGUGUCUUUAAUUUUAAAGGAAAGGAUGUCUCCGGCUUCAUGACUCGAUGGUAAAGGAUACAAACAGUAGAAACUAGGGAUGGGUCAUGAUUUUCAAAUUCUUGAAUAUUCGUUCACUUAUUAAAAAAUCGAAGAGUUAAUGUGAAUGUUAUUUCAUUUUGAAAGUACUCUUUAUACAUAUAUAUAUAUAUAUAUAUUGUUUUUACCGGUGCCUGGUUGUAAUACAGUAUUCCUGCCAGGCGGUGACUAAAGAGUGUCUUAAAGCUGUUUGCUGACUGCAUUAAAUUAUGGGGUGAUGUUUGUAAAGUUGUGCACACUGAAAAAUAACAGCAACUAUUCUCCACAUUUAGCUCCAAAACAUCAUAAAAACUUAGUGUGAAUUAUGAAAAGUCACUUUUUUAAAAUCACAUUUAGAGCAAAAUUUGUGAUCUUUAUCACUUUAUUCUUGUUCUGAUAUGUUUAAUCACAGAUAAAUCUAAAAGAUAAACGAGAUAUCCCAACCAAAGUCUCUGAUUAAUGACUCCUUCUAGUUACUAACCGGACUGCCCGCAGUCUUUAAUGUGAACUGAUUUAGCAGAAAAUAUUGGAGGCAGUUUUGGAACCAUUAAAAUAUUUCACAACGCUCAGAGACAGAACUGACCCAGUUUAUGGUACGGACAAGAUAAGAUGCUAUUGCUAAGUCUUUAUCGCUUUAUGAAGCUUUUAUUUUGGUAUUUCCGCUGGGCGGGAGUGUGAAUUUACAUAUCAGCUAAAUAUUUAGGAUCACAGAGCAACAUUUAACAUUUAGAUUUAAAUUCAACAUUUAGAUUUAUUUUUAACAUUUAGGUUUAACAGUGAUUUUAACUUAGAUAUAUUUGUCACAACAAAAUUAAAUGUGAAAAAGAUAAUAAAAAUAGCUCUAAAUUUUAUUUUAUGACAUUAAAGAGCUAAAUGUGGAGAAUUGUUAUUUCCAGUGUGCACAACUUUACAAACGGCGCCCCAUAUAAAAUAACAAGAAGAAGAAUGCUAACUGCAUUAAAUAGUGAAAGAAGUUGAAAACAUUUGCGACAGUCUCUGGAAAUAAAUGUGUAGUUGCAUGAAAUUCAGAACCGGAGAUAUUCACAGAGAGUGAGCAUGGCUGUAAAAUGUAAACACACACAGCACGCAGACAUUAUAGUAUUUUGGCUUGAAAUGUCCAUCCCAAGUAGGAACUAAGAAAUCUGCAGUUUCCAUUGAAGCUGGUGUUAUUAAAGUGUCCACACGAUGUCAGUGUUGUUUAUCUUUCUGAACUGCUGUUGGUGCUUUUGUUCAAAUGUAAAUGAUUUCAGAUGCUGUAUUUGGUUUCAUGUCAAAAUAAAAUGUGAUAUCUUGAA